UGAUGGACACAUACAUCCAUGGCAGAAAACAAGAAGGGACACCACAGGACUCCUACAACAGGAUAGAGGCAGAACCCAAGUGAAAGGCCAAGGCCAUCUACACCCUUUCUCUCAAUUUUCUAGAGAGAGAAAAACACACACACACACACACACAAACACACAAUAAGAGAGAGAAACUCUGUUUUUUCUUAUCUUUUUUUUCAAACUACAACCAGAAGAAGCAAAUUGUUUGUAAAAAGAUGGAGCUCAAAUAGUGAUAUGAAGAUAAAAGUAACAGAUGAGAGGUAUGGCAUUUGAAGUUGCAGCAGCUUUUCCACCUUCUUUAUUAGAACCAAAUAAUAAUAAUAACAAUAAAUUAAAAGAAGGCAGUUUUGGUAGCAAUAAUAAUGAACCAAUCUCAGUUCUUGACACCCGCCGGAGCCCCAGCCCAUCCACCUCGACUUCCACACUAUCUUCCUCCUUCAACGGCGGCGCAACCACCACCGCCAACACUACACCUUCACUAGGUGGAACCGAUAACCCACAGAAAUGGCCAGAUUCUGUUCCUCAAGACAUGGGUAUUUCUGGGUAUGUUUCGAAUUUUUUGGCUAAUGUUGAUAAUGGUCGGAAAGAUGAUUGGCCGGAGUUGCAGCCUAUUCCGGCUGAAUUUGAACUUCAACAACAAAGAUUUGGUGUUGGUUUAGAAGAUUGGGAAAAUUUGUUAUCUGAAUCCAAUGGGACACAAGAUCAGUCUCUACGGUGGAUUUCGGGUGACUUAGAUGAUACUAAUUUAAGCCUUCAACAGCUUUUACAAAGUAACCAGAUUGAACACAAUGGACAAAUCCAAGAAACUACUUUCGUUUCACAUUUUUCGCCGCAAAACGCAAAUUUCCUACCUUUUUGUAACCCUGAUCAAAACCCACAACUGGUUUUAAACCAAACUCAGUUUCACCAGCAUCCGGGUUUUCAAAAAGUUCCGGUUUUCCGUCAGAAUGUUGAGAAAACGGCGGUUUGUGAUGUUGGUUUUGUGAAAGAUUCGGUUUCCAAUUUGGGUUUUCAGAAAGGUUUGAUAUCGAAUCCGGGUCAUGAGUUGCUUAACAAGAAACCGUUGUUGGUUGCGAAACAAGAACCACCACACAGUGCGGUUUCUCCGGUUAACAAUAACAACCACCACCAUCAUCACCAGUACCAGGUUAUCUGUGACCAGCUAUUCGCAGCGGCUGAGCUAAUGCUAUCUGGGAACUUCUCACACGCGCAAGGGAUAUUGGCGCGGCUCAAUCACCAGUUUGCUUCGGCUUCAGCACCAAAUAAGCCGUUUCAAAGGGCAGCUUUUUAUUUUAAAGAAGCUUUGCAACUUCAACUUCAGUCUAAUCUGAAUCCAAAUAAAAACGUUCAACCGUUUAAUGGUAUGUUCAAGAUGGGUGCUUAUAAAAUGUUUUCUGAAGUUUCACCAAUUAUUCAGUUUAUGAAUUUCACUUCAAAUCAGACUAUUCUAGAAGCUAUUGGUGAUGCGAAAAACAUUCAUAUCAUUGAUUUUGAUAUUGGGUUUGGUGCACAAUGGUCUUCUUUCAUUCAGGAACUGCCUACAAAAAACAAUGGUGGUUGUUCAUUGAAAAUCACUGCUUUCGCUUCACCUUCAACGCAUCACCCGAUUGAACUUGCACUCAUGCACGAAAACUUGUCACAAUUUGCUCAAGAAAUCGGGAUCUCUUUCGAGCUUGAAGUUGUGAACUUUGAUUCGUUUGAUCCACGGUCGUUUUUGGUAUCAGGAAACGAAACAAUCGCUGUGAAUUUCCCAAUUUGGUCGGCUUUCACACACUUGGCUGCAAUUCCAUCGAUUCUCCAUUUCAUUAAGCAACUUUCUCCAGCAAUUGUGGUGUCACUUGAUCGCGGUUGUGAAAGGACGGAUCUACCCUUCCCACAUUACCUUCUCCAAGGUCUCCAAUACUUUGAGGUUUUAUUGGAUUCCAUUGAUGGUUCACAUGUUGUUUCGGAUGUGUCAAACAAGAUUGAACGAUUCCUAUUUCAGCCACAUAUUGAACAUAUGGUGUUGGGUAAACUUCAAUCACCCGAGCCAAUGCCACACUGGAAGUCACUGUAUACUGCCGGAGGGUACUCCCCUGUCCUUUUUAGCAACUUUGCAGAAACGCAAGCGGAUUGUGUGGUAAAGAGGAUGCAAGUUCAUGGAUUUCACAUAGAAAAGAGGCAGGCGGCGCUUGUUCUUUGUUGGCAGAAUCGCGAGCUGAUGACGGCUUCAGCUUGGAAGUGUUGAAUUUGAGUGUGAUCAGAAUCUUGAAGCAAAGAAGAGGAAGUAUCCAAGAGACGUUUUUAAUGAACUCUGAACUCUUUUGAUCAUCAAGAACUAAAAUAAAUAUGUGAACUAAUGUUGUUAUGUGCCUCUCCCUCUCUUUGUAAGUUCAACUUUGUAAUCUCUUUUGCUUUCAAUGGAUCAAUGAUCACCUUAUCUGUCUA